CGCAGUUUUUUCUUUCCGUGUGAAGCUCCAGCUGAAGAUGAAAGGCUGAGUUCAGCAGCAUGGAUCAGUGUGAGGACAGAGAAACGACUCUGAGUGGAGAACCAGACAGAGAAACCACUCUUAGUGGGGAACAGGACCGCCAGACCAAAGCUCAGAGGACCAUCCUGCUACGGGACUCUGAUGAAUCUGAACCAGAACCCAGCUGUGUGUCCAUGAUGAGUGACCGGUCUAAGGAUUUGCCGCUGUGGUUUAAAAAUCAAGCUUCACCAACAGCAGAAAUGGACCAGGAGAGCUUAGAGGUUCCCAGUGUUCACUCUGCCCAGCAGCAUCAAAUACACAUGGACUCCAUCUUUAUGCUGCUGGAGGAGAACAUCGUCACUUUUGUGAAGAACGAGCUGAAGAAGAUUCAGAAGGUUCUGAGUCCAGAUUACCCAGAAUGCAAAGAGAGUCAGAGGGAGGGUGAGGAUGAAGAGCAGAGGAGCAACAGAGAGGAAUUUCUGAAGAUCACACUUCACUUCCUGAGGAAAAUGAAGCAGAAUGAGCUGGGUGACCGUCUGCAGCGCAGAAGUCUUUCUGGAGUUUGUAAGCGUAAACUCAAAUCUAACCUAAACAAGAAAUUCCACUGUGUGUUUGAGGGGAUUGCUAAAGAAGGAAAUCCAAGCCUUCUGAAUCAGAUGUUCACAAAGAUCUACAUGACAAAGGGAGGGACUGUAGAGGUCAAUGCUGAACAUGAGAUCAGACAGAUUAAAACAGCAUCCAGGAAAUCAAACAGACCCGAAACAACAAUCAGACAAGAAGAUAUCUUUAAAACUCCACCUGGAAGAGAUAAACCAAUCAGAACAGUGAUGACAAAGGGAGUGGCUGGCAUCGGGAAAACAGUCUUAACACAGAAGUUCACUCUGGACUGGGCUGAAGACAAAGCCAACCAGGACAUCCAGUUCACAUUUCCAUUCACCUUCAGAGAGCUGAAUGUCUUGAAAGAGAGAAAGUACAGCUUGGUGGAACUUUUUGAUUACUUCUUUAGUGAAACCAAAGAAGCAGGAAUCUGCAGGUUUGAAGAGGCCGUGUUCAUCUUUGACGGUCUGGAUGAGUGUCGACUUCCUCUGGACUUCCUCAACACUGAGAUCCUGACUGAUGUUACAAAGUCCACCUCAGUGGAGGUGCUGCUGACAAACCUCAUCAGGGGGAAUCUGCUUCCCUCUUCUCGCCUCUGGAUAACCACACGACCUGCAGCAGCCAAUCAGAUCCCUCCUGGGUGUGUUGACAUGGUGACAGAGGUCAGAGGGUUCACUGACCCACAGAAGGAGGACUACUUCAGGAAGAGAUUCAGAGAUGAAGAGCAGGCCAACAGAAUCAUCUCCCACAUCAAGACAUCACGAAGCCUCCAUAUCAUGUGUCAAAUCCCAGUCUUCUGCUCGAUCACUGCAACAGUUCUGGAGGACAUGUUGAAGACCAGAGAGGGAGGAGAGCUGCCCAAGACCCUGACUGAGAUGUACAUCCACUUCCUGGUGGUUCAGUCCAAAGUGAAGAACAUCAAGUAUGAUGGAGGAGCUGAGACAGAUUCACACUGGAGUCCAGACACCAGGAAGAUGAUCGAUUCUCUGGGAAAAUUGCCGUUUGAGCAGCUGCAGAAAGGCAACCUGAUCUUCUAUGAAUCAGACCUGACAGAGUGUGGCAUCGAUAUCAGAGCAGCCUCAGAGUACUCAGGAGUGUUCACGCAGAUCUUUAAAGAGGAGAGAGGACUCUACCAGGACAAAGUGUUCUGCUUCAUCCAUCUGAGUGUUCAGGAGUUUCUGGCUUCUCUUCAUGUCCAUCUAACAUUCACCAACUCUGGAGUCAACCUGCUGUCAGAAGACCAAACAACAUCAACACAGUUCUACCAGAGCGCUGUGGACAAAGCCUUACAGAGUCCAAAUGGACACCUGGACUUGUUCCUCCGCUUCCUCCUGGGUCUUUCACUGCAGACCAAUCAGAAUCCCCUACGAGGACUGAAGACACAGACUAUUAAGAUUACCUCACAAGGUCUGCGGACACAAAAAGGAAGCAGCUCACAGACUAUUAAGAUUCCCUUAAAAGGUCUACAGACACAGACAGGAAGUAGCUCAGAGACCAAUCAGACUCUCUCACGAGGACUGAACACACAGACAGGAAGUAGCUCAGAGACUAGUCAGAUUCUCUCACGAGGACUGAAGAAACAGACAGGAAGUAGCUCAGAGACCAAUCAGGCUCUCUUACGAGACCUGAUGACAAAGAUGAGAAUUAGCUCAGAGUCCAAACAGGAAACAGUUGAGUACAUCAAGAAGAAGAUCAGUGAGAAUCUGUCUGCAGAGAGAAGCAUCAAUCUGUUCCACUGUCUGAAUGAACUAAAUUAUCGUUCUCUAGUGGAGGAUAUCCAACAGUACCUGAGUUCAGGAAGUCUCUCCACAGAUGAACUGUCUCCUGCUCAGUGGUCAGCUCUGGGCUUCAUUUUACUGUCAUCAGAAGAAGAUCUG